AUGGCUCCGUCAAUGAUUCCGUUCACUAUCAAGCUUAAAACAUGCCUGAAAAUGUGUAUUCAAAGGUUAAGAUAUGCUCAAGAAAAGCAACAGGCGAUUGCAAAGCAGUCUCGAAGACAGGUUGCACAACUGUUACUGACAAAUAAAGAACAGAAGGCGCAUUAUCGUGUGGAGACGCUAAUUCAUGACGAUAUUCAUAUUGAGCUACUAGAGAUAUUGGAACUAUAUUGUGAAUUACUACUGGCUAGAGUGCAGGUAAUAAACGAUAUCUCCACCGAGGAACAGCUUGUCAAAGAGCAUAUGGAUGAUGGUAUUAACGAAGCUAUCAGAUCCCUAAUCUAUGCGAUUCUUUUCGUUGAUGAAGUCAAAGAACUUAGCCAAUUGAAAGAUUUGAUGGCCUGGAAAAUAAACGUUGAGUUUGUUAAUGGAGUAAUAGCAGAUCAUAUCGAUGUCCCUGAAAAGAUUAUAAAAAAAUGCUCUCCCUCAGUUCCAAAAGAAGAACUAGUUGAUCUUUAUUUGAAGGAAAUCGCGAAAACAUACGAUGUGCCAUAUAGUAAGCUGGAGAAUUCCUUAUCUUCGUCGUCUUCUAACAUUUCUUCAGACUUUAGUGACCCCUCGGGAGAUAUCGAGGAUAAUGACGAAGAAAAGCCUAUUUUAGCCUUAGAUAAUGACGAUAAUGACAAUGCAGAUGCUAAACACCCUAUCACUGUUAAAAAGCCUAGGCAGAAUAGUGAAAAUAUCAAGAACGAGCUCAAGAUUCCGAAAGAUAUCAAAAAGGAAGUGAUCGAAAAGAAACAAUCAGAAAAGAAAACUACAAAAAGAAAGACUAAGAAGGAGCAAGAAAAUGAUGAACUAGAUGAGUUGAAGAAACGGUUUGACGCUUUACGCAGAAAAUAA